GUGUCAGGGAUUACGAGUUGUGCAUUUACCUUACCGUAUGUGCAUCAUAUUGUGAUCGUAGUAGCGCUGUGAUUGGGAACGGAGUGUGGCCAUACCGCGUAACGCAUUCCGUGAGUUCCGUCAGUGAAAGUCUCGAGAUAAACACGGGACAUGUUGCAACUGCAGAUUGUGCCUUUUUGAAAGGAUGAUUGCUGGCAUUCUGAAUAAACAAGAGGAAUACAUUUGAAAUCUCGAAAAUAAAAUGGAGUCCAAAAAUAAGAUACAUGAUGUCGAUAAUAAUUCUGAGGUGAAAUUUCUUGACACUAAGGAUUCUGAAGAAUCUAGGAAAGUGCAAUCAAAUUCUUUAGAAGAUUCAAGCCUCUCAAGGAAUAUAGACAGUUCUAGUGUUACAUCCGAGAGCAGUGUCACUUUAAAAGACGCUAGUCAUAUAGUCAAAUUUGAUAACAAUCUCGUUUGUGAAACUAUGCAAAAUGAACAAGCGAACGAGCCCAUGGAACUUUCUACAGAGGAUGAGAUUAAGAUAACAACUGAUAAGUGCGACAAAACUAACGAUGUGUUAAAAGAAAUCUUAUAUACUACCAAUUUUAAUUCAGAUUUAUCAGAAGCGACUACUUCGCAAGACAAUAGUCCGUCUUCUUCUUAUACUAACGAAGCAAACGCAUUGCACACAGAUCAGAAUAAAGUCAAAAGAAGUAUCUCUAAAGGUCAAGCACAUAUCGGUAGUGGCACAUCGAUAGAAAAAUCAGAUGAUAGCUCAGACGAAGAUUCUAGUAAGCGACAGAAAUUAAAUAAGAGUGCAUGUAACACCAGUGCUGGAAACGUAAAUGACGAUACAGCGACAUUUCAAAGGAACAAAUCAAAAGUGAAACAGCGAAAUUAUCGUAAGAGACGAAAUAUAACAAGCGAUAAUGAAGAUAGUUCUAGUAAUACCUUGUCUAAUGAAGUAACAAGAGAAAUUCCCAUUCCUGAUGGAGAUGAAGGAAACGUUGCAUCUGCCAGUACUAAAAAUGAUUCAGCUCAGAAUGAAACAUCAAAUAGAAGUUCAGAAACUCGUAGAGCAGGAUCAGAAACGCCUAAUGACGAAUCUGAUCGAUAUAAAGACGAAAGAGCUGACUCGAAUGAAUGGAGAGCUAAUGAAGAUGAAUGGGAUGAAGAAGAGGAAGAUGAGGAUGAGGACGAAGAAAUACCUCAUUGCCUAAAAAUAGAGAAACCGCCUCCUAAUUGGCGUAUUGUACCGGAAGUGAUAAAUCGGCAAAUAGGUAGCAAUCCGUUAUUCCAGAGAAGAUUCUAUGGUUCUUUACAUGCAGUAGAGCGACUCGAGCUUAUGUAUAAUCUUAACGAGCAUCAGGGUUGCGUAAAUGCCUUAAAUUUCAAUCAAAAAGGAAAUUUAUUAGCCAGUGCCUCUGAUGAUUUAGCAGUUGUUAUUUGGGAUUGGGCUGUAGGAAAAAAGCGUCACUGGUUUAUGAGUGGCCAUACGAGCAAUAUGUUUCAAGCGAAAUGGUUACCAUUAGACGUAGAAUAUCUUAUGGUCACUUGUGCUAGAGACGGUCAGGUACGUUUGUUGGAUCUUGAACACGACACGUCGAAGAAAUUGGCAGCGCAUCGUGGACCAUCGCACAAAUUGGCUGUGCAUCCUGAAACACCACAUAUAGUCUUUUCUGCUGGAGAAGAUGCGAGGGUUUUCUCCAUAGACAUUCGGGAGAGCAAACCAAACAAAUUACUUGUAGUAAAGGAAGGUUCGUCAGAAGUGCAACUAUUCAGUAUACAUUCUAAUCCUUUUAAUAGUAAUGAAUUUUGUGUCGGCGGCCGUUCCCAUUAUGUGAGAGUAUAUGAUCGGCGAAAAGUUUCGACGCCGCUUUAUAAACUGUGCCCCGAUCACUUGACAGGAAAUAAGCACGCGCAUGUAACGUGCGCUGUAUAUAAUCAUGACGGAACAGAAAUUCUCGCGUCAUAUAAUGACGAAGACAUCUACCUAUUUGAUAGAUUAAUGUCUUCACAUGUAGAUUAUGCUCAUAGAUAUCAGGGUCAUAGGAAUAGUGCAACUGUAAAGGGAGUCAAUUUCUUCGGUCCUAAAAGCGAAUAUGUUGUAUCUGGAUCCGAUUGCGGUAAUAUAUUCAUUUGGGACAAAAAUACGGAAGCCGUUGUACAGUGGAUGGCAGGAGACAAGCAAGGAGUUGUAAAUUGCUUAGAGGGACACCCACAUAUUCCCAUCCUCGCAACAAGUGGCUUGGAUUACGAUGUUAAGAUAUGGGUGCCUUCGUGUGGAGAACCUCCAAUGAUGAAAUCAUUCGCGAAUUGUGUCAAGUCCAAUGUAAGAAAUAGGAAGCAAGAAAACGUUCCUGAUUCAUUCGAUGGCCAAUUACUUUGGAUUUUACUGAGACAUAUCCGUCAUAGAGAGAGAGUACGUAAUCUUUAUACGCGUUACGGACUCGAGGAUCCAAAUCGAGACGAAGACGAUGACGACGAUUAUCAUUUUGAUGACUCCUCGAUGGACAGCUCGUCCGAGGACAGCGAUAAUCAAUCAGAAGGCGAUGUUCGAAGAAUACAGUGUCCUCCGUCUUAAAGUUGUUGCUUAAUUAACGCGAUUUGAUAUUAUUGCGAUGAGAGUUCUAUAGCGUUCAAGGCAUUCAUAUUAGUCGUUUCGCAAUUAUAAUAAAUUCUACUGAAUAACUGUGUCAAUAGCUUUACAUAGCGGAGUGUAUAGGAAGGACAGUACCGCAACGUAUCAAAGGAGCUGCGUAUUCUAGUUACGAUUGAUCUUUUUUAUCAGAUAUAAUCGGUAGUGUGACCUACAUAAGUUGGUUUACAGUUGUAUUGUAAUUUUUGAAUAUAUACGUUGAACGGACACGAAGACUAUGUUUUUAGUGUACGAUAUUGGAGGAUAAAAGAGAAAGAGAACAAUAUAGUAUUUUAUAAUAAGUUGCAAACACGUGAUUACAAAGCCGGAGAAAACAUAUAAAGUUUGAAAACGUCUGAUAUAAUUAACAAACAUAUUUGUGGGGAUAUGUAUCCUUU